CCUAUUGGUCAUAUUUUGUCAUGCCCGUUUCUCAUUGGCCGAAUCCGCCACAUGCAGGAAGUGUUGCAGAAAGUGAAGCAGUGCAGGAGCAAAAAUGGCAGCGCACAGGUGCGGUUUGUGUUUUGUAUUUACUUUGAUUUUGUCAUGCUUUCUAGCUCGACCCUGUAGCUGUGAUACUUUUGAAAAGAUAAGUGAUAAUACAGAAGCAGAAGAGAGCGUUGCAGGCGCGUUGCGAGAGGUUAAUGCCGAUGAUCAGAAUGAAAGGCAAUGGCAGUCGACUGAUGUUGAGAUGGACAGAGGCGAUGCCUCGAAACACAGCCAAUCCUUCACACCAGCACCGGCGAAAGAUCAGUUUCAGGAGGAGAUGGUGAUCCGGCCCCUGCACUCCGGAGACAUCUAUGCCAGCUUUCAGUUCCGUACACUGUGGGACACUGAUUUUUUGCGAGAGGGAAAGAAAGUUUCCCAUUACCGGCUCUUCCCUAAAUCCCUCGGCCAAGUGCUCUCCAAGUUUUCCGUGCAGGAGCUGCACAUCUCCUUCACCCAGGGCUUCUGGAGAACCAUGCAGUGGGGGCAGCCCUUCAUCCCCUCUCCACCUGGAGCAGAGCUUUGGGUGUGGUUCCAUCAUACAGUCACUGAUGUGGAUGGAAACUGGAAAGAGCUUUCCAAUGUGCUCUCUGGAAUCUUCUGUGCGUCUCUGAACUUCAUUGAUUCAACCAACACAGGACAGCCCAGUGCGUCUUUUAAACCACUGGGGCUGAGAAAUGCUACAGAUCACCGAUUUUUGCGAUAUGCAACAUUGCCCCGUGAAAUCGUAUGCACUGAGAAUCUGACCCCCUGGAAGAAGCUUCUCCCUUGUGGUUCUAAGGCAGGUCUGGCCGUGCUGAUGAAGUCAGAGAAGCUGUUUCACAGCAGUUUCCACUCUCAGGCGGUUCACAUUAGACCUGUCUGUCAAGAUGCGCUGUGCACUAAUACAGCAUGGGAGCUGAGACAAACUCUCAAUGUGGUGUUUGAUCUCUACACUUCAGGCCAAGGGAAAAAGGAAUGGUCCCUGUUUAAGAUGUUCUCUCGAACCCUGACGGAGGCAUGUCCUCUUGCUUCCUCUAGUAAAGUCUAUGUGGAUAUAACAGACAACCCUGAGGGGGAGCUGUUUGAGCUGAGCCCUGCCACUCCUCUCCUCAGCCAAGCGGUGGUGCUGGGAGAUCGCAGAACAUAUUCAGUAUAUGACCUUACCAAAGCAGAGACGUUUGGGCAGUUACGUUCACUCAAUCUCCUACUGCGCUGGAAAGGAAACAGCGGUGAUAUGCUGCGCCCGCUGCUGCAUGCAGAGCGCUAUGUGGCCGGGUUUGGGCUACAGACAGGGGAAAUCCACACAGUCAUCUAUAAUAAUCACCCAUAUCGAGCUUUUCCAGUACUGCUGCUGGAUUCAGUGCCCUGGUACCUGCGACUAUACAUUCACACCCUGGAAGUCACCAGCAAACUCCGUGAUAACAAGCCCAGCUACAUUCACUACCAGCCCUCUAAAGACCGCCAGCGUCCUCAUCUGCUGGAGAUGCUGAUCCAGUUACCCCCUCACUCUAUGACAGAGGUCACUGUACAGUUUGAGAGGGCCCUGCUUAAAUGGACUGAAUACACCCCUGAUCCCAACCAUGGCUUCUAUGUUGGAUCCUCUGUGGUAAGCGCCCUUGUGCCAAGUGUGGUCGCAAUGGACACCAACUUCACACAACAACAACCAUUGUUUAGCAGUUUCUUCCCAGUCAAAGAGGAGUCCAGUUACUUCAUGCGAGUGUAUACCGAACCCCUGCUGGUAAAUCUACCCACACCUGAUUUCAGCAUGCCCUACAACGUGAUCUGCCUCACCUGCACGGUGGUCGCGGUGGGUUACGGCUCCUUUUACAACUUACUGACCCGCACAUUUCAAGUAGAUGAACCGAGCCCACCGCUGGCAAAGCGAUUGGCCAACUUCAUUCGUCGCAUAAGGGGAGUACCGCUGCUGACCUAAGAACAGCCAAGAACAUUACUGAGGCCUGAAACGUCCAUAUUAGGUGGCUGUGAGAAUUGCGACUCUAACACAGCAGCUACUGAAGAUUUAAGAUGCUUUUUGGCCAUAGAAGGACUUGAAGCCAAAUGACUUGAUGUCUGAAUGGCUUAACAAUUGGAACAAAUGAGCUUCCUACCAAGACAGAUGGACUAGCUUUUUUUUUUUUUUUUUUUUUUUUUUUAAUACAUGCUUUUGUUGGUUUGUUUUCAGUCACAUCAGCUAAGGGAUUUUUCAUCUAUGCUGUUUUUAGAAAACCAUGGCUUGCAGUCAGUUGAACGUUUCUUAAACUAAUUGCUGACAAUGCAUUAAGUUUGCUUCUGCAUAAUCUGGGCAUCUGGGAGAAAUCUAAAUGGCAAAGCGUGAUGUUAAAUCAUCUCACUUUACACCAUACUUUGUGAGUGUGACCAAGCCUUGGAAGCUAAGACACUACAACAAAACUACUUAAAAUGGAAAUGAGUCUAAGAAUGUGGCAAAUAUUUUCCACAAGCUGUAAUGCACUGAUAUUUAAAUAGAUUUGUUUUGAAAAAUUGCUCUGUUUUUCAAUGGGGUUUUUCUUAGUUUUGCACAGUUGGCUGUGGGUUGACCACAUAAUGACCACUAGGCUGGAUGCUAUUCUAUUCAAAUUACUCUGGUUAAUUUUCCUGUAAUAAACUGAAUGGAAACCAAUAAUUUUAGCUAAGAACAGUUUGUACUUGAGUUCCUAGUGCAGCAUUUUUUUUUUUUUUGAGGGUUUUGCUAAACUAUUUAGCAGCCGUUGUCCCUCUCAGCCCUGCCAGUCGGGUUGAAUUAUGCGAACAAACCUUUGCCUGACUGUACAACUAUAGUUUGUGUUUCAUGACCGUGAUGUGUAGCUAGUGUAAUACACAGAUGCCAGUAAUUUGCGUAAACAAGUAUAUGAUAAGUAGUUCUUAACUUUUAGAGUACCACACUUGAUCAAAUCAGAUUAUAGUAUCACCAAUUUAGCUAUCUGUGUCCCAACCUGCUGAUAUAAGUACAAAAAGUACGUAUUGCACAAAUCUGCAUAAAAUCAGUAAUUGAGAAAAAGCCACAGUUUGAAACUGCAUUUAACCAACUGUUAAGGGCUAUGGAUCUCAAAAUUAAUAAUAUUACAAUCACAAUUUCGGGCCAUGCAUUGAUUUUGUUCCAUUUACAUCUUUCAACCACACUAGAACAACAUUUUCCUCCACCGAAACUGGGGUGUUUCGAAAACGGUCUCUCCAUUACUGCAGACUUUGUCAGUUUCCUAACCUCAUCAUUUUCCAAUCAAGUUUACAAACAAAAAAGGAUUAGGAAUAGUGUCCACACUAAAAAGAUUUCGGUUAAAAACGCACUGAUUUAGUUACAUUUACACUUUUCAUUCACACUACAGUGAAAAGUUUCAAAAAAAUUAUCUCCUUUGCUGCAUACUUUUGAAAAUGAUGACGUUAGGAAACUACAAAAAGGAUUAGGAUAAGUGUCCACACUAAUACAUUUUCAGUUGAAAACGCAUUGAUUUUGUUUAGUUUACGCCACUCAUCCACACUGGAAUGACGUUUUCUUCCACCAAAAGACUUGCGAAAAUUCUCUCCAAUUAACAAAUACUUUGGAAAAUGAUGAUGUUAGGAAACUAUAAAUGGAGUUUUUAACCCAAAAAUUUAU